AUGGAUCGAAGUAGUUGGAUCUCUCCAGACGAUAAAUCAAUCAAAAAGGCAGACGCCAAGCGCCAGCGCGCAAUUGAUCGCGAACCCCAUAUUUUAGAUCCACGUGUAAGAAAAAUCGGUAUAGAUGUUGAUGCAAUCCAAAGACAAAUCCAAGAAAAAAAGGAAUUACAAGCUCGUGAAAAGGCUAGAGAGGAUGCCUUUGAUCAUCAAACAUUAGAGCAUCAAAGGCUUCUUCUUCUUGGUCAGAAACGUUAUAAUGAUCAAGUACGCCAGUUAAAUGUCGAAAGAGAAGACUUCAGACAUACAUACCAACGCCCAGAACAAUGCAGAGAGUUUGAUAUCUGGCGUAAAGAUUACAAUCAAGUUAACGCCCCAAUCAGAUACGAAUGGAAUGACCCAGCCCUUAUGGCAUUAUUCCCUGAUGAUCCAAACAACAAACCAUUCUUAGGAGGCGAAGUCGAUGCUGAUGGAAUUUACGUUGCUGAUCCAAGAUGCGUCAACGGAAGCUACGGUGGAGCUGCUGGCCAGGCAGGUGCAGGUGGUGCUGGCGCAGCUGGUGCUCCAGGAGCUGCAGGAGCAGCUGGAGCCGCUGGAUCAGGUGCUGCCGGAGCUGCUGGUGCUGCAGGUGUCGCUGGAGGCGCAGCAGGAGCCCAAGGUGGUGUUGCCGGAGCAGCUGGUGCAGCAGGCAUGGCUGGUGCUCAAGGAGGCGCUGGUGGUGCUGCAGGAGUUGCCGGUGCUAAAGGUAUCGCAGGAGCUGCAGGCGCACAAGGAGCCGCAGGAGCACAAGGAGGAGCUGCAGGAGCUGCUGGUGCAGCCGGUGCAACAGGAAAGCCUCCAGCUGGCUGGGUUGACCCACGUCUCGGAAUCAGCAGCGGUCAAUACUUCCAGGGUGAAGAUUCCACAAAGUACGAAAGACAGGCUGCACAAGCUGCUCAGCGUAGAGAGUGGUACGAGGCUCAGAUCAAGGAGAAACAAGCUCGCAAGGCUCGUGAAGAUGCAGAAGAUUUACGCAAUCAAAUUUACGAACUUCAGACACAAAAGAGAAUCACAGAACUCCAUGCUCAAACCGAAGCUCAGAAAGCCGAAAUUCGUCGUCAACUUGCCGCAGAUAAUCUCAAACUUCUCGAAGAAAAGAAAGCUCGGGAACAACAAGACUGGGAAUACGAACAAGCAUACAACGACAACGAAAAACGCCAUACAAUGCGCACACGUACAAUUGUCGAAGAAAUGUGCCAAAGAAAGGGAGAUCCACAAGACUACCGCGGCAUGACAAUUGAGGAACAGAAGGCAAUUAUCCUCGAGCAGAAGAAACAGAUGGAAGAUAACCAGCGCCGCCGCGAAGAAGAAGCAGAACGUGAAAGACAAUGGCAGCAAUACGAAGAGUACCUCAGAAAUGAAGGCGAUAAGAACGAACUCGAAUGGUUAAAGAGGAAGCAACAGGUCAACAUGGAAUUGGCCGAAUUCCAGAAGAAACAGCAUAAACAGCAGACGGAGACCCAGAGAUACCUGAAUAAGGAUCUCUACGGUACAAACGUCCCAGAUGACUCUUACUAUGAGCAAUGGGGCCACUCCACUCGCUAA